AUGAAAGUUACUCUGCUUGCUGUGGUUACGUUGACCGCAGUGGCAUCUAUAGUCGGUGCCGCCGAUCCUGAAUGCGUUUACCGCAAGCUCCGUGGCCUGGCACCACAUUGGCCAAAUCCUACCAGCUGCUCCGGCUAUUACCGCUGUUCUAACAAGAAUGUGGUGCGCUCCAUGAAAUGCCCCACUGGCAAGGAGUACAAUCCGAAAACAGGCAAAUGCUCGGCCGCUAGACGCGGUCUAUGCAAACUGAGCCUAUCUGCACCUCUAGCAGGCAUCUCGAACAUUUGUGCAAGUGAAGUCAAUGGCGCGUACUUGCCAAAGUCUGGUUACUGCUCUGAGUUCUACAUCUGUGAUGAGCAGCUGGCAUAUGCGCAGACCUGUGAUGCUGGCAGCUACUUUAACAUCACGAACAAUACUUGCGUUCCAGAUCCAGUGUCGGAGUGCUGGCAAAACGCAUGCUUGACGAAAGAAAAUGGUGUGUCAUUGCCAAGCAACACAUCCUGUGCCAGCUACUACGUCUGCCAGGAUAAGGUCACCACAGUCAAGAACUGUCCCAGUGGCUUUUACUAUGACUCAAGCUUGUUGAAGUGCGUCAAUGAUGACGACAACUCCAACUGCUGGGAGAACUUCUGCAUCGGCGUACCCGAUGGCUCAAUGGUGGCUGAUAACGAUGACUGCACCGUCUUUUACAUAUGCUUCCAGCAAAAGGCAACCCGUCAGCUGUGUCCAACUGGUAGCUACUUCAGUGGAACCGGCCUGCACUGCAUACCCGGUACAUGCCCCGACGACACAACUACUCCAGGAACUACAUGUGUCGACGGUGAUGUGUCAGUCAAUGACGACUACUGCUAUAAGUAUAAUGUUUGCCAAGAUGGCUGCUGGGUAUCAAAGACAUGUGAGAGUGGAUUCUACUUUAAUUCGACACUUCUGUCGUGUGUUGUGGAUGUCGACAACGUAUGCCCACAAUGCUCAACAGGCCAGGAUUGCGCUGAUGGCACUAAAGAUGGAGAAACUGUUCUCGAUCCGGAAAAUUGCCGCCUUUACUUUAAGUGCCAAAGUGGCGAACUCGUCUCAGCUGAUUGCGGACUAGGAAACUACUAUGAUGACAGCCUGAACAUUUGUGUGGUAGACAGCAAUAACUGCUGCUCAACUUCAGGCUGCUCCAACGGAGAUGUUACUGCCGAUAAGGACAACUGCAAUAAGUAUAACAUUUGUCAAAAUGGUACCUGGCAAUCAGAGACAUGUUUGAUAGGAUCCUACUUUGAUACCACUCUUAUGUCCUGUGCUAUUGAUGUCGACAACGUGUGUCCUCAAUGCUCAACAGAUAGUCCUUCAACAGCCCAGGAUUGCGCUGAUGGCACUAAAGAUGGAGAAACUGUUCUCGAUCCGGAAAAUUGCCGCCUUUACUUUAAGUGCCAGAGUGGUGAACUCGUCUCAGCUGAUUGCGGACUAGGAAACUACUACGAUGACAGCCUGAACAUUUGUGUGGUUGACAGCAAUAACUGCUGCUCAACUUCAGGCUGCUCCAACGGAGAUGUUACUGCCGAUAAGGACAACUGCAAUAAGUAUAACAUUUGUCAAAAUGGUACCUGGCAAUCAGAGACAUGUUUGAUAGGAUCCUACUUUGAUACCACUCUUAUGUCCUGUGCUAUUGAUGUCGACAACGUGUGUCCUCAAUGCUCAACAGAUAGUCCUUCAACAGCCCAGGAUUGCGCUGAUGGAACUAAAGAUGGCGAGACAGUUGUCGAUCCAGCAAAUUGCCGCCUGUAUUUCAAGUGCCAGAGUGGUGAACUCGUCUCAGCUGAUUGCGGACUAGGAAACUACUACGAUGACAGCCUGAACAUCUGUGUGGUAGACAGCAAUAAUGUGUGCUCAACUUCAGGCUGCUCCAACGGAGAUAUUUCUGCCGAUAAGGACAACUGCAAUAAGUAUAACAUUUGUCAAAAUGGUACCUGGCAAUCAGAGACAUGUUUGAUAGGAUCCUACUUUGAUACCACUCUUAUGUCCUGUGCUAUUGAUGUCGACAACGUGUGUCCUCAAUGCUCAACAGAUAGUCCUUCAACAGAACAGGAUUGCGCUGAUGGCACUAAAGAUGGAGAGACAGUACUCGAUCCAGCAAAUUGCCGCCUGUAUUUCAAGUGCCAGAGUGGUGAACUCGUGUCUGCUGAUUGUGGGCAAGGAAACUACUAUGAUGACAGCUUGAACAUCUGUGUGGUAGACAGCAAUAACGUGUGCUGCUCCGGAAAUUCAAGCUCAGAAUGCAAUGGCGAUGAGCUUUCUGCCAAUGAGCAGAAUUGCAAUGAGUAUAAUGCGUGCGUGAAUGGAAGCUGGCAGCCGAAGACCUGUGCAAUCGGAUCUUACUUUGAUAAGACAGCUCUUAUUUGCGUUAUAGAUACCGACAACGUGUGUCCACAAUGCAACUCUGACUCGGACAAUGUGAUCAGCACUGAAAGAAUUAUGCCUAUUGUAGUAGGUGGAGAGUGCAAGGACUUUUCUCCAGCCGUUGCGGCUGAGAACUGUUGGAAUUACUUAGCGUGCAUCAAUGGCAAAUGGAUUAAGGAGUCCUGUACUGGUGGGUUCUUCUUCGAUGACUCCGUGGGCAUUUGUCGCCGGGAUGACAACAAUCAGUGCCCCGAGAACAAAUGGCUGCAGCCGAACUCGCGCAGCAAACGUUCCGCCUCAUGCAAUGGCUUGGCCGAAGGUGCCAUGCAGGCCUCGACAACCGAAUGCGAUAUGUAUGUGCUAUGCCAGAAUGGUGAACUGAUCGAGGGCACCUGCGGUCGCGGCAAUAUAUUCAGCAACAGCGUGGGCGCCUGUGUGCCAGAUACCGAUGCCAAAUGCUGGAUAUGUAGCAACAAGCCUAAUGGUUACCUAAUGCCCGAUACUUGCUGCACUUCCUAUUUUACCUGCAACGAUGGAUUGGCCGUGCCAAGUAGCUGCGGAAAUGGCGAACGUUUUGAUGGUAGCAGCUGCAUCAUCGAUGUCACUGGACAGUGCAUUAAUCCCUGCGGCACUGAGGACGGCAAUGUAGCACAUCCCAUUUGCUCCAAAUACUUCGAAUGUACCGCUGGAGUGCCGCUGGUGAUUGAUUGUCCUAAGGGCGAAGGCUUUAACACAAAGACUGGCAAUUGCUCCGCCUCUGUGACUUGUAAUGCGAACAACUGCAACACAGCUGUGGAUGGAGCUGUGUUCCCAGAUGCCAGCGAUAAUACCAGAUUCUAUACGUGCAUCGAUAAUUUCGCUCUUAUUCGUUCCUGCCCAGCGAAUUCAGCCUUUGACUCCACUUUCGGAAUUUGUCUGCCCGUUCCGAGUAGCUCCUGUGAUCAAACGCAGUGCAAGAAGACGACUGUGAACCAGGUCUAUCCAUCCCUAACAUCUGAUAACAGCACAUUCUGUCUGUGCGAGGCUGAUGGUGCCUACUUGAAGAACUGCGAUUCGGGCACCACAUUUGACGCGACGGAUGGUGGAUGCCUUUUCACGGGACCCUGCGAUCCUCGAGAUUGCAAUAACGCCGAGGACUACACUGUCUCUGUCAACUAUGAUGAUCCGGAUAGUUUCUGUCUGUGCCGUGUCAAUCAGCCCAUACCAGUUCCUUGUCCCAUUGGCUAUACCUUUGAUGCCGUUGAACUCAAGUGUAUACUCGCGCAGCUGGCAGAUCCUAGAUGCUGCUCAAGCUACUGCAGUGGUAAGCCAGAUGGUGUGACAUUCUCAGCAACAGGUUCGGACACUGGCUUCUGUGUGUGUACGGAUGAGGUGGCCUCGUUUGAUGUCUGCCCAAUUGGUAAAACCUAUGAUGCAUCUUUAGGAAUUUGCAUGUACCCAGUCCCAAAUUUCAUUUGCCCUGUCAACGAUUGUGAUUCAACAAUUUGUGCGGAAGAGGUUGAAUACACAAUUUAUCCAGCCAACUGUAAUACAGGCGGCUUCUGCUACUGCAAGGAAUCUUGCGGUGUUUAUUCGACGUGUCCAGAUGGCAAGGAAUUCGAUACAGACUUACUAAUUUGCCUGGAGACAGCGGGACCGGCUGUCUGUGACGAGACCCAGUGCGACGCCCUUGAAAAUAAUGAGCCGUAUCCGGCACUCAAUGGAACUGAAGGCUUCUGCUAUUGUGUUAGUGGCUUCCCCUAUUACAGACUGUGUCCCGAAGGAAAGGAGUUUGAUACUGUAGUCGGAGCCUGCAUGGACGUUGAGGGCGUUCUAAGCCCAUACUGUGACAGCGACAAGUGUUCGUGCCUGGAAGAGGAUGACACAUUUGCCUCAUCGAAUGAAGCGGAUGAUACAAGCUUCUGCGUUUGUCAGAAUGGCGAAGCAUACUAUAUGAACUGUCCAAAAGCAAAGUAUUAUGAUGCCACUGUCGGCCUUUGCCUUAUACGAGAGGCACCUAGCAGCGUCUGUAACCCCAAGGGAUGUUCAGCAGCGUCAACCAACACAAAUUUCGCUGCUUUAAACACGACGACCGGUUUUUGCCUGUGUAUUGAGGGAAUCGCCGUUUAUGAAGACUGUCCCGAGGGCAAGGAAUACGAUUCCAUGCUAGAUAUCUGUCUGGAUACAGAAUCUGCAGCCAAUAUGGAUAUGGCCUGUGAUUCCGCACAGUGCAAAAGCCGCACGGCUUACAGCAACUUUGCAGCCAAGGAUACCAUCAAUGGUUUCUGCGUAUGCGAAGCAUCUGGUGUCGCCACCUAUCAGAGCUGUGGACAAUAUCAUAUUUUUGAUCAGAUUCUCAACUUCUGUGUGGUCGAUGCUUGUGAUCCGGCCCAGUGCAGAUCGCGCGUCAAGUACGAUGCAUUCGCUGCCCGCAAUACAACCAGAGGCUUCUGCGCCUGCAACACUACGCCUACCUAUUAUCAGUGCACCGCUGGACAUGUUUUCGAUGAGAAGCUGGGCGUCUGUGUGCAUGAAUUGACCUCCACUGUGGCAGCCUGUGAUCCACGGGACUGCAUUAAUCGGGCACAGUACGAGGCGUUCGCGGCCAAGGAUAUGUCUGAAGGCUUUUGUAUGUGUGACGCAAAUGUCGGGAUUGUAACAUAUCACACCUGUAGUGCUGGAACACUGUUUGAUAGCGAACUGGGCAUGUGCAUGGCCAAGGAACAUGCCAUGCAUAAGAGAUCCGUGGAGCCGGAGGAAAAAUUGAUCUGCGAAACAAACACAAAGCGUUCGGUGCCUGCAAAUUGUUCGCAAUAUGAGAUUUGUCUGGAUGGCAAUUGGCGUAGACGCAGCUGCUCCGAGGAGCGGUACUACAAUCCGGAGCAACAGCGUUGUCUGGAGCCACGGGAUGACAUGGUCUGCAGCUAUGCCAGAGUGUUGGGCUUGCCGGCUUGCGAUACGAGCAGCGAGUCGGAGACUAUUCCGAGCAGAGCUGGCAAAGGCAGCUGCCUGCAAUAUUUCCGCUGCGCGGCGGGCAAGUGGCGCCUGCGCAGCUGUCCCAGGCGCCAUUACUAUGCGGCGCAGUUGAACACCUGUCUGCCCAUGCCUGAGUUCGAGGGCGAUGAUUUCUGCAGCUGGCUGAAUCGUAGCGAGGGCCAGCAAACGGCAGGCUGCCAGCACUUGACAGUGCGUCCGUAUUCUACGGCCUGUGACAAGUUCCUGAUGUGUAUGGAGAAUGUCUGGUGGAUACAGCAGUGUCCGCUCGGCAUGUACUUCAGUCGCGAGAUCAACUAUUGCCUGCCCAACGAUGCCAAUCAGUGUCGUCUCGAUGUGAAUGGACUUAAUGCCACGGCCUGUGUGAAUGGACAGCAGCGCGCCUCGGCCACCAGCUGCCGCUCAUACGAACAGUGCGUCAAUGGUCAGUGGCGGAGCAGGACGUGCGGUAAAUUGGAGGAGUUCGAGCCACAGCUAGGCUGCAUGCGUAAUGAUGGCAAUUGCCAGGGCAGCGGCUUGAGACGUUCCUGCCGGCAGGGCGAGCUGCGAGCUGUGUCACUGCCCGAUGCCAACUGCACCCAGUUCUUUUACUACUGCAAUGCGGAUGAGUGGCAUCUGAGCAGCUGCUUGCGCGACAACAGCUUCUCGCGGCAGCUAAACAAGUGUCAGAGUCUGGAAAAAUGUCAGGCUUCAGCUGAAGCAAAGCUGCAGGUGCUGCCCACAAGCAGUUGCCUGGGCCAGCCCGACGGACAGAGCGUUGCGGAUGCAGCAGAUUGCACGCGUUUUUAUCUAUGCCUGCAGGAGAAACCUGCUCUGCCCCAAAGCUGCGGUGCGGGCAGCUUCUUUGAUGCACUGCUGGGCUAUUGUCGACCCAACGAUGGCAGCUGUAAGCAAGCCGACUCCAUGUGCUCCAAUAAUACAAUCGGAACUUUGGUAGCGCAUGCGACCGAUUGUCAGGCAUAUUACAACUGCUCCAGCUUUAGCUAUAACCUGAACACCAGCAGCAGUCAGAAUGUAUCACAGUUGCAGUACUGUCCGAAGGGUCAGUACUUUAACAAAAUGCUGGCGCAGUGCCAACUGGAUCAGGGUCAGUGUCAGCAGAAAUCGCUGUCGGCCUCGCAGGGGCUCUGCAAGAAAGUGGCUCAUGGCACGCGACUGCCCCAUCAGCUCUACUGCAAUCAGUAUUACGCCUGCGUGCACGGACUUCCUAUUCCGGCUGAGUGCGAGGCCAACAAGGUCUACAAUGCCAGCCUGUCACGCUGCGAGCCUGAACUGAGUUCCGAGUGCCAGCGUGGCCAACUGGGCAAAGCGGGCAACGACAGCGCCCUCCUCAGCUGUGAGCAUCUGCAGGAUGGCAGCUAUGUGGCCGACUAUAAGGACUGCACUCGGUACUAUAUCUGUGCUGGCGGCGUGGCACUUAUGCAACGCUGCGGCAACGGCACUUAUUUCAAUGCUGAGCAGCUGCUGUGCACCCAAGAUGAUGGCUCUUGUCCGUAUGUCAUCAAUGGGAGCACUCAGAAUUUAACGAAUUCAACAAUUGGCAACGAUCAGAAGCCGAAACCAAAUCCAGUGCUGUGUGAGGGCAAAAACGGUUACCUCUUGCCAGACUUUGCCAAUUGUAACAAUUUUUAUAUCUGCAUCUCGAACAAGCUGCGCGGUGAGCGCUGUUAUUCGGGUUACUUUUUCAAUGCCACACUGAAACAGUGCCAGUCCUACGAGCUGGCCAUUGAUGAGGAUGUGCCGGACGUACAGGAGCUGAAGUCAGAUGUCAUGGAACUGGACCUACACGAGGUGCAGUUGCCAAAGAACUGCAGCGAUGCACCCGCUGACUUUGCCAAUCUCUGCGAGGUGAUCGACGAGGGCGCCUCCAUUGCCGAGCCCGGCGACUGCCGGCGCUACAUCAGCUGCGAUGAGGACGAACCCGUUUCGCAGCGCUGCCGCAAUGGAGAGAGCUUCGACAGCCUGCUGGGCAUUUGCCGGCAGAACGAUGGCACCUGCCUCAUGGAGAAUGGCGAGCGCGUGGGCGUCUGCAGCGGCAAACAUGGCCAACUCGCCCGAGAUACUAACAAUUGUCGUGGAUACUUUGUGUGCUUGCAUGGCCAGAAGAUUGAGGCUGAGUGCGAGGCGGGCCAGUUCUUUAGCAAAGCUACAAACUCCUGCGAAACAGACGUUCUUCAGCAAUGCAACAACAAUUCUAACGAAUUGGUUAAGGGCGAAGAGUGA